CUCUUCUCAACUUCAUCCUCCCAAUUGGCAUCAUGGCGCGCGUAGUCCGUGGCGAGGGAGACUCUCUGCAACGGAGAGGACAGCUGCUCUUCAGGCAGGGCAACUAUUCAGACGCUCUGGCCGCCUUUACAGAGGCUCUCUCUUGUAAAGGCGCCGAUGUGAUGAGCAUCCUGGACAACCGGGCCGCAACGUACAUCAAGCUCACUCAGUAUGAUCGCGCUCUCAAUGAUUCGCGACAGAUGAUCCGCAGAGAUACCAAAGAUGGACGGGGCGUUUUGCGAUAUGGUCAGACCUUGCUUCUGACUGGGGAUCGUGCAAAGGCCCUCAAAGCUUAUGGCUAUGGCUUGAAGACUCUGUCUGAAGAUCAUCCCCGUCGUAAGAUGAUACUUCAAAUGUAUUGCAAGGUGAAAGAGAAGGCAUCAGUGAAACGACUAGAUCCCUUUGAUACUCUACCUCUCGAGUUGGCCAUGAUGGUGCUGCAGUAUUUCAAUUUUAGGGAGCUGGCGGUUCUCCUGCGAGUUUCGAAGGGAUGGCAGCGAGUGCUCUCACAACCAGAUCUUUGGAUGCAAUUGGAUUUCACCGAGGCCCGACGCAAGGUCCAUUGGCGCUCCUUUCGGGCAUUUGUCCAACGAUCGCGUGCCUUGCUAACUCAUGCUGUCAUGAUCAACAUAUCCACCCCUUUUCAAGAAAGAGUGCUAGAAGCCUUAAGUAGAUGUCCAAAAUUGGAACACUUGGAGAUCAGGGACCCUAUCACACAACCUAAUGGGCUUUGCGACGUGUUCAGGAGCUCAACACAGUUGAAAUCUCUGGUUAUCGCGAAACAGACACCGGUGGCUCAAGAAAACAUCGCGAAGUUUCUAUCAAGCUUACCCCAACUCGAACGGUUAGAGAUACAUAACGCCCAGCCGUCGCCACAAUCCAAAGUACAUUGGCCUUCACAUCUGCCGAAUAUGAAGAGUAUCACCUUGCUCACGGAAGCGUCAAUUCCGCCACCAGGUCGUGUUCCUGCUCUAUACAUUCCUCCUUCUACUCUAUUUCAGGAGUCAAUGUCUUGCUCAAUGCCCAACCUUGAAGAACUACGGCUUGACUCGUAUCCCAAAGUCUGGGCGCCAUACUAUCUUUCAUUUGACCCUGUUCAAUACCCCAGGCUACGUAAACUAGAUCUGAAAGGUGUAUUCAUAGGCACUUUCAGCUUACCACCGAGUCUCGAAUACCUUUCCAUUCAUGCAGGUGCCGCUCCACCUGGGGAGGAAUUCCCCUUUCCUCCCGAGCAACCCUUACACCUUCCAAAUCUCCACACUCUUAUGCUUCGCGACCUAAUUUGGGUCACCUACCGCACGCUCCAUCAGUUCAUAUUUGAUUCCAAGGCUGUAUUACGGAACCUUGUGGUUGACCGCUGUCCACAACUCGACUCUGAGAAGCUCAGUCUUGUUCUGGCGAAGAAUUCGGUCAACUUGACUGAGCUCGGAGUUCCUCAGCUUCCAGGCAUCAAUGACUCUACCGUGAAGGCCUUGGUGGAAGGUUUGUCAAACCUCACUGCUCUAGAUGUCUCCAACACCGAUGUCACAGGCCGUCUGCUCAAAAUGCUUGCUGACGCACAUUCCUCGGAUGUCGACUUUCCACGUGUUGAGUAUGUAUACAUCAAAAAUUGUGACAAUGUCCCAUACGAGGCAAUAACCUACGCUCAGUCACAUGGUGUCAGUGUCAUUCGGUGAUUAGAAGCAUCAGUACAAACGCCCCUGAAGCAUGCUGGCAUGCAUAGGUAUGCGUUUUUUAUUUGCAUUCGGCGCCAUAUCGCAUGUUGGGCUAUAGUUCUACC